CUGUGCACAGUCUGCCGGAAAGGAAGAAGAAGAAGAAGUGCGCGUGCCUGUGCAUGUCCCCGCCGCCCCUGCAGGCGGCGCUGUGCGGGUCUGGAGCGGCUCCGCAGAAGAAGGGAAAACAGACGCAGUCCGCCAUUUGCUGGCUUCUCUCUGCACUUCUCGCUGUCUGGGGUUUAAAUCUGGGAAGAAGCGGAAAGCGUGAGCUGCGCGAGCGGAAUCCUACGGCUCUGCGGCGGGAAUGGCGGCCGAGCGGCGCGAGGACAAAGAUGGCGAAUUAAAUGUUCUGGAGGACCUGCUGACUGAAGCUCCGGACCAGGACGACGAACUGUACAACCCCGAUACCGAACUGAGCGACAAGAAAGGAACCAAGAGGAAGAGCGAGCGCGCCGGCAGCCAGGACGCCAAGAGGCUCCGCCCCUCCACAGGUCACCACUCCUCCCGGUCCUCGUCGGCCAAUAAGAGAGCUCUGGGCCCCCCCCUGUCUUCCUCGUCCAAGAAGGCGUCCAGCCCCCGAGGCCGGCACGCCGCCUACCGCCACCACUACUACGAGGAGCGAAAGGGGCGGCGAGGGGCCCGAGAGGUGGCCCGGAGCGCAGGGAGCGAGGACGCCCGGCGCCGGGAGUCGCACAGAGCGCCGGAGGGUCUGGGCCAGAAGUUGCGCCGUGACGACCGGCGGCUAAGCCCCUCCCCUCACGACGUGGAUAACCAAUCAGAGGAGGAUGUUGCAGAUUAUGGCUCGGAACCAGCGUCAGGAAGCUCCUCCCCCACUCCGUCCCAUGUAGAGGAGGACGAGGAAGAGGAGGAGGAGGAAGAGGGCAUGGAGGAGGAGGAGGAAGAGGAGGACGAGGAGGAAGAGGAGGAGGACGAGGAGGAGGAGGAGGAAGGAGAGAAGGAGGAAGAGGAGGAGGAGGAGGAGUACGAGCACCGCGUCGGAGACGGGAACGACUACGACACGCGCAGCGAGGCCGGCGACUCGCGCUCCGCCUCCUCCAUCAGCUUCUCCGACGACGGCGAGUCGGCCCACUCCGGCUCCGCCUCCGACGCCUCAGGUUCAGAGAAGAAACAAGAGAAGUUGUCAUCUUCAGUUGGGGCUGUUCGGAAGGGAAUGGAAAAUCCGACCAGCAAACUUCGCUACAUCCUGCGAGACGCUCGCUUCUUCCUCAUCAAGAGCAACAACCAUGAGAACGUGUCUCUGGCCAAAGCCAAGGGGGUGUGGUCCACGCUGCCCGUCAACGAGAAGAAGCUGAGCGCGGCGUUCCGCUCGGCCCGGAGCGUGGUCCUGGUGUUCUCUGUGAGGGAGAGCGGGAAGUUCCAAGGCUUUGCGCGGUUGGCGUCGGAGUCGUACCACGGCGGCUCUCCCAUCCACUGGGUGCUUCCUGCCGGCAUGAACGCCAAGAUGCUGGGCGGCGUUUUCAAGAUCGACUGGCUGUGCAGGCGGGAGCUCCCCUUCAUCAAGACGGCCCACCUGUCAAAUCCCUGGAACGAACACAAGCCGGUGAAGAUCGGCCGGGACGGCCAGGAGAUCCAGCCGGACGUGGGCGCCCAGCUCUGCGCGCUGUUCCCAUUGGACGAGAGCGUGGACGUUCACGAGGUGGCGCGUCGCGUUCGCCACAAGCGCAGGACGCCGUCAGAGCCGCGGCCCCGAGGCCGCCCGCCGCAGCGCGAGCCGGGAAGGCGUCGACCUGAAGAGUACGACCUCCAUGGCAGGAAGCGGCCACGAGCCGACGCCCCGCCCGACUUCAGCCAGCGAGCAGGGUUCAUGCAGGACCUGCGGAGUCAGCCGGUGGACAGACUUUUCUCUCCACAGAAGGUUUCUAGCGUUCGAAGAGACGUUUUCCUCAACGGGUCCUACAGUGACUACAUGCGGGACUACCACCACCACCACCACCACCACAGCGUGGGGCCUCCCGCCCCCUGGCAGACUCUGGCGUACCCCGGCGUGGAGCAGCCCCCCCCCCACCACCCCCCGUAUUACCACCACGGCCACCCGGCCCCGCCCCCUCACCAGGCCUACCACCACCACCACCACGCCCCGCUGCCGCCGCACGAGGCUCCGCCCCCCCGCUUCCGAGACAAGCAGCGGGUCCAGCAGCACCGUGCCUUCGCCUCCAGCCCGCACGACUACGACAUGCGGGUGGACGACUUCCUGCGCCGGACGCAGGCCGUGGUGAGCAGCCGCCGGGAGCGAGAGCGCCAGCGGGACCGGGAGCGCGGCGGACCGCGGAGGGACCGGGAGCGGGACCGGCCCCGAGACCGGGACAGGGAUCGAGAGAGGGACAAGGAGAGGGGACGCUACCGCCGCUGACCUCCAGAUGUCGCUGUUCUCUGAUGUGAUUGGUGUGAACCGUGGAAAUAAACCCUGAACAUUUCA